AUGAAUGCCCUAAUCGUAUUGCUGGGGUUACUGGCUGCGGCGCUCGCCGCUCCAGCCCAUUUCCCCCAUGGAAAAACCGUGACCUACAAGUACCGAGCCGACGCGAAGGCCGGUAUGAUGAAUCCGGCUCCGUUCGCAUCUCAGUUCGGCAUCGAGGGUCUUCUUCACGUGAAACACGAUGUCACAGAUCCUACCUUGAGACAUGCCUAUUACGUUGCCUUAACUGAUGUGAAGCAUGCACUGCAUAACGGGCAUAAUAUAGACCAUCUCUCUGUCACGCAACCGAUCCACGAUCUAUCCAAAGAUAUAGAGAUCCCUUUCCUGAUCGUUUACGACGAGGUUGGCCACUUCCAGGGUAUGAAAUUAAAGGAAGGUGAAUCUACGUGGUCUCAGAACAUUAAAAAGAGUAUCGGCUCUAUGCUGCAACUGGAUCUUAGCAAGAUUCACGUUCAAACACCCAUGGAACACCACAGUUUUAUCACUCACGAGGAAACCAUUCAUGGUAAUUGCCAAGUGGCGUACAACGUGCAUACCAAGGAUCAGAUGCAUCCAACGUCCGGUAACGUGUUUGUAGUUAAGAAGAUCCACGAACCGAUGAACUGUACUCAUUUCACUCAUCAGGUGUUCAACCAUGUCGAGCCGGAGAAAUGUUACGUAGAGGAAGAGGAAGGCAUGACCACUGCCUCUAAACGCGUGUUCGAAAUAGAGGACCAAGGAAACGAGAUCCUUAUAAGAAAAUUGAUCGGCCACGGAGUAAUCAACUAUUUCCCAUGGAUGGCACAAUCAGAGGCGCAUUACAUUCUGACCAACCAAACUCUGAUUCUCGAUAACGUCGCCACGGUGAACGAGGUCCAAUUGCCAGUGGUCGACUUCCAAAAUGUUCCAAUUACACGCGAGAUGUUCUUCACGAAACCGCAGACCCAAUACGUUCCUCAGGCCGACGUGGACAUUACCCAGGGUAGACAUGUCGUCAAUCUGAACGAUCUUACCGCGAAGCUGAGAAAAAUGCUGGACGAAGCAGCUGGUUACCUGAAAGAGAGUCACAUCGAGAAGAGACAGCCAGAUUGGAAGCACGGUCAAACGAUCAACAGACUUUUGCACGUGAUGAGCUUCAUGAACGUCGAAUCGCUGAAACAGGUGUUCAGCGAGCUUCAGAAUACGAAAGAUCCGAAGGAAAUCGUAAUGAGAAAUAUCUUCCUGGAAAUAAUGCCGAAUGUGGGAACAACAGCAGCCUGUCUCUUCACGCGAAACGUAGUUCGUCAAAAGAUGGUCCCGGACAUGAUAGCUCGUUUCAUGCUCGCGCAUCUUCCGAUGCACGUGAAAGUUCCAUCGACCGAACUGCUUUUACAGAUGGAAGAACUGUUGCACCUUGGCGAUUCGGUUAACAGCGGUGUCAAGGAAGCAAGCAUACUAUGCUUCGCCUCGUUGGUCCACAGGACCUUCAAAACUCUUUCACCCAACGACCUUCUUCUGAAAAGAUACUUGCAACUUUUCAUGGAACACAUCAAAAAUGAACCAACUUACCAGAUGAAGGCACUUUACCUGAUGGCCAUGAAGAACGUACGUUUGAUCAACAUCCUGAACGUUCUGGAGCCAAUCGUGAAAGGAGAAGUGAUGUAUUCGGAGAAACCAGCGAGCAUUCGUCUCCUAGCUAUUUGGGCGAUCCAGAACGUAGUCGUCCAUCAUCCCGAUUAUGCUUAUCGCUUACUCUGGCCGAUUCUUUCCGACGUUACUCUUCCAUUAGCGAUGAGAAUUGUUUCUUACGACGUACUCAUGCAUCAGUUACCUCAUGCAGGACGUCUCAUGAGUAUCUAUUGGUUCAUGGUGAACGAGAAGGACGAACAUCUCUACAAUUACCACGUCGAGACGAUUAAAGGUCUCGCGAACUCUGUCGAACCUUGUUUAACUCCAGUUUGUGAAAUGGCCAGGAAAAUGUUACCCUUCACCAGGAUCAGGCAAGUCGUUGGUCCUCUUUCAACCAAGGUUCACGUUGACUACAAGGACACCAAGUACGGACAUGGAGAAGCUGUCAAAGCCUCGUUGAUUCUUCAUCAAUCGACCGGCUACCCGUACGUUGGUUCCGUUGAACAUUUCACCACUGUUGCUCGUAAACCUGUUUCACAAUGGGGACUCCAAUGGCACAUCGAAAAUCUGAGCGGGGUGGUAAACAGCGUGAAGAACGAAAUGACCGGCAAGAACGUCCAGAAAAUCACGCGUGACAACGUGAGAGAGGUGUUAGCCACAGCGGCUGCAGAUAUGCCGAAGAUGAAGGACGUGAACAUUCACGUUGUUUUAACGAAGAACCACAACGUCGUCUUCGUGUACCAUAUAAACAGCCACCAGUGGUUGAGCGUUCUGAAGCAUCUGAAGGAGUGGAAGCAAUUCUUCGUUAAGCAAACGGAAAUUAUCAACCUGCAAACUAUCGCGUACAUGAAUCUAUUCGAGAUGCACGUACCUACCGAUCUCGGUGUACCGGCUGUUCUUACCACGAGAAUACCCUCCUUCAACUCCCUCAAACUGAACGCUUUCCUGUCGGAGGACGAGAAUCUUCUAAGUUUGAAACUCAAGGCUAAAUUCAUGCGCUGGAUGCACGGUGAAUACGCGAUGACGAUCUACAAUCCUAUCUCCGACGUCUGGCACUCUACACGCAGGACGAUGUCUGAGGACGUUCUUCUGCCGCUGGAAAUGAACGUCGGUUACAAUCGGGAGACGAAGAGUCUUAAAGUUUCCGUACCGAGAUUGCCUUUUACGGAAUACUCCGCUGCCGGUAUACUAACCUCCGCCAAGAGUUAUGUCACCAUCGCGCACGACGAGAGCGAUCUUCUGAAGGACAGCUGUGACACCUGCCGCCAUCAGGAGCUUGUUACCAAGGUAGUCAAUCCGAAAAUCAACGAGCACACCUACGAUUCAAAGGACACGGGACUUAAAUUCACCAUGGCUGUGUUCGAUUGCGAGGGCACUGCUACCCCCGUCUCGCCUAUCUCCGAAUGGCUCGACGUACUUCGAGUGGAAAAUAAGAAUACCAUGGGCUACAAAUUGGUGCAACUGAUUAUGGGUGUUCGCCAGAGUAUGAUGAACAACGUGAUCUCUGGACAGGGUAAGAGCUGCAGCAAUUUGAUCAGGAUCGAACCAAGUCUCGUUUAUCCUACUUCAGCGGUUGAUUUGACCACCAAAGUUACCACCCAAGAUCUGGACUCGAGCCACGAAACAUUGCACUUCUUCAGCAACAAGAGGAUCAGCGUUCGCGUAACGAUGGACGCUAAGGCAGCUUCCACUAACGAAUCUGUGAAACUGUGGGAUAUGAACAUGCACAUUGUGUUAUCCCAGGAACACGUGAAUAACAGUAUGAAUGUUGUCGUCACUCGUACUACACCUGGAGAGAAGAACCUGAAGAUAUGUAUGGAGGCGGUGAAGGACUACAAAUCGACCACUACAGAUCUGUUGAACGUGGACAUUGGCCAGAAGGAAACGAACACGAAGGUAACGGUCACCAUGGGACAAACUCAAGGGGAGCAAUGCGUUCGUGACGAAAUGGACGUCGUGUUGAACAUAAAGGGUGAAGUGUCGGAAGAACAACAGAAACACAUUGUACAGGACCGCGAGCAUAGCAUGUGCACCCAACAUAUGCAGAAUCCGUUGUACCAGGGCUCGCACGUUCCAAAAACCUGGGACUGCAUCCAACAAGCUCUUCUUCACUCUUCUUUGAGGAAAUAUACGACGUCUAUGACGAUGAGAAGGGUUCCUCCGUUAGUCGUAUCCACUGUGAACAUAAUGCAAGAUGUCUUACGCGGUCUCUCCUUCCCUUACGUACACUACUCUUUGAACCAUGCGGAUUCUGGAAACAUGAAUAUGGUCAUGGAGUAUCCUUACUUGACAGACGUUCUCGACGCAACUGUUAUCACCCCGACGUACAGUUACGAAUUAGUCAACUUACCGUUUGGCCACAAUAUCUGGAACAUAUUGAUGGACAACAGCCAUUACUCCGUUACAGAUUUGUACAAAUUUGUGAAUGGUUACACGAAGGCCUGCACGAUCUAUCCUCAAGUUGUUCUUACGUUCGACAACGGUACCAUUCCGUACGUCGUACCUGACAAAUGGACUCUGAUUUCCGGUGAUCACGUAGAUCACACUUACAGCGUCUUUGUGAAGUUAGUGCAGAACAACAAGUUAGCGAUGAAGUUCUUCGUGGGACCACACGAGAUGACUGUCAUGCCUGGCGACACAGGAGAGAUGGUCAGCGUGAACAACAACGUGAUCGAAAAUCACAGAAAGGGAGUUAUGGUGCCUGAGAAUACACCUGAUUCUUACGCGAUCAGAUUGACCAGAGCCUACAGCCAUCUGAUGAUCGACUCAAAGGUGGUACCAGUACAGGUGUACUGCGCGCCGAACAGUGUUAGCGUUCUUCUGGAGACUGUUCUUCAAGGACAGGUGACCGGUAUGUGCGGUCAUAUGGAUGGCACGCAUGAAUCUGUACUUCCGAAAAUAUACUCCGUCUUGCAUCUUUAA